GACGAAGCCUGGUUGGUGGUGCAACCUACGACGAGUACCUGCGCGUGGGUCCGCUGCAGUGGCCGUGCAUCUGUCCGCAGACGUCGUGGGCAAAGGUGGGAGCACAGAAGCAGGUGGAAUAUCAAGGCCGGCCCUACCUGCUCCAGGCGAUGCCCGAGUCCAUCAAGACCCAGGCGCUCGCCUCCAGGCAGUCGAGCUGCAGCGAGCUCGUCUUCGCCGUGUGCGUCGAGGCGGGCCCUGGCACCCUACGAGAUAGAGCUGCCGCGUUAAAGGCAGCGGAGUGGCUGCAACACCUUGGGGCUGUUGCCUCAGACCCCACGGUCCAGCUCACCACGCUGCGCACGCUGGUGCGCAAGAUGGUUGAGGCUGACGAGGACUUCCAGUUCCGUAUGAGCAAUUGGCAGCUCGUGCGGGGCCUCAGUGGCGCUGCGAGCUGCGGCCG